AUGAAUAAUCACUCGCAAAAUUUACCAAAACUUGAUUAAACUCCAAGAACAUUUUAAUCCUCGUAUCAUUCAUUGGGCAGAUCCAAUGUAAAUUUCGCAAGAUCUUUUUACAAAGAUGAAAAUGAAAUGAAUGGAUAUAAAAAUUUCAGAAAUGAGUAAAGGACUUAAACAAAUUUUAAUAAUGAAUAAUCCUCCUUAGGAACAGAAAUAAUGAUAUCAUUAAAUCAAAGAGAGUGGAGAUAAAAGAAUUGCAAUUAAUAACUAUUAUAAUUUAUAGAAAAUUAUUAUGCCCAAGGUAAAAUUAAAAUUACAGUGACUUUUGAUUCUAUGUUUGGAGAGAAUCUUUAGAAAAUAGAAAAAUAAAAGUAUAAUUUAUUGAAUUUAUCUAUAAAAUCAACCGAAAUUGAUGAUGAAGAUAAAUUAUACUAAUAGAGAAUAUACCAAUUUAAAGGAAAAUAAGAGAAUAAUCUAUUACCUCUUAUAGAAAUGAUCAUAUAUAGUAAUUCUUAUUUUCCAUAUUUUUAAUAAAUUGUUUAGAAAGUGGGAGGCAAAGUAGAAAUUAAUUAUGGAGGAUGUUAUUUAUGGAUACCUCCUCCAUCAAUUAAAUAAACUAAAAUUAACGAUUUUAAUUGUUGUUUUGAUACUAUUUGUUAAUAUUUAGAAAACACUGUAAUCCUUCAAAUUGAGUGUUCAUCUAAUGCAGAAGCAUUAAUAAAAUAUAAUAUCCUAAAGAAAUAAGAGGUUCUUCAAUAAAUUGAGAGAACUUUAAAUGUUGGAUGUUAUGAUGUUGUAAUUUUGAAUUUGGAAAGAUCAAAAAUGGAAUAUUAGUCCUAUAUGGAUUUUAAUUUAUUAUUUAAACAUAAUCAACUUUAUUUCUUAAGUAACAAUAAUGGAAAAAGCAUAGUAGAAUAAUAAAAUAAAUUGAAUGAAAUUCUUAAAUCAAAAGACAUUAUAAAAAAGGAAAGUAUAACAGACAGUAUUAUAUUUUAUGAUUUACCUGAGGAUGAAGAUUAAACUGAGAUAAAAAUCAAUCACCUUAGAAGAUAGUAUCCGGAGAUAAAUAUUGAAAUAUCCAAUUGUCAAACUUUGUAAGACUAAAAACUUUAGCUACAAAUUACUACAACUACUUGGUUAACUAAAGAUCAAGACAAAACAGAAUUCGUAAAAUAAGCCAGAUAAAUUAAAUCUUAAAUUGAAGAAAUUCAGUUGCCAUGCAAAAUUAUUACAAUCUCCCAAAAUCAAAAGAUUAUUUGGGAAAACUAUCUUUCGGAAUACUUUUAAAAUUAUUCAUCUUGUUUUUCAGUACAUUCUAAGGCGAUGAUAUAGAAAUAGUAUUGA